AGCAGGGAGGGGGCCGCGCGCGCGGCCGGAAGUGCCCCGCGGCGGGAGCGCGCGGCGGAACCCCAAUGCAAGGGAGCUCCUCGGGGAGGGGAGGCGCUGCGCUCAGAGCCGCGGCGGAGCGGGGGCAGGCAGGAAGGAAGGAUCCGGGUGUCAGCCCCAGCUGUUGGCACUUGACAACUGUAGAUAACCAAGACGAUGGCUGCCAGCAAGAACAAGAACCAGAGUUCUAUGGCCCUGCACAAAGUAAUCAUGGUUGGCAGUGGAGGUGUGGGCAAAUCAGCACUUACACUUCAGUUCAUGUAUGAUGAGUUUGUAGAAGACUAUGAACCUACGAAGGCUGACAGUUAUAGAAAGAAAGUAGUUCUGGAUGGGGAUGAAUUCCAGAUAGACAUUCUGGAUACAGCGGGACAGGAGGAUUAUGCAGCUAUUCGAGACAACUACUUCCGCAGUGGGGAGGGGUUUCUCCUUGUCUUCUCAAUAACCGAAUACGAAUCCUUUACAGCAACAGCAGAGUUAAGGGAACAGAUCCUGCGUGUGAAGGCUGAAGAGGACAAAAUCCCUUUGCUUGUGGUGGGAAAUAAAUCUGACCUGGAGGAGCGGAGGCAGGUGCCUGUAGAGGAGGCCAGAAGUAAAGCAGAGGAGUGGGGUGUGCAGUACGUAGAAACUUCUGCCAAAACUAGAGCAAAUGUAGAUAAGGUAUUCUUUGAUCUAAUGAGGGAAAUCAGAGCAAAGAAAAUGUCAGAAAACAAAGACAAGAAUGGGAAGAAAAGUGGCAAGAACAAGAAAAGUUUUAAAGAAAGAUGUUGUUUACUGUGAUCCUUAGGACCUGUAAAUAUCUACAGAUGGAAUGAAUAAGACUUACUACUAAGGAUAUAGGGCUGGAUUCAUGAAAGGAAAUUUGUAUUGAUUCCCUUAUGAUAUUUGUAUUCACUUACCGCCUUUUUAAAAUGAAAAAAUGUAAUUUGUGAACCAUUAGUCAACUGAAAUAUGAGCCCAUGUACACUGAAAUGGACUCACCUUGCCAGCAACUUUCAAAGCUAGAAUUUUACCAGCAAAUAUGGUUCUUUGGGCAUUUUAUUUCUGUCUGAUUGCAGGAAAUAAUCUCAUGUCAAUUUCAAAGUAGUAGCUUCUUGCUAUCUUCUCAAAUCUGAUCUCCCCCACCCACCCAAAAAAAAAAAAAAAAAACACAAACAAAACACA